ACAGUACGGCUGGCAACUCGUCCUGCAGCUGAUCUUCUACGGUCUUCUGAUCUUCUACAACUCACUUUCUUUCACAGAAGGCAAUCAGUUGGUAGCCGAGCUGUAGCAGAAUACACAAAUUGAAUGAGCAACAGUUCUUCCACCGAUCUGGAAACAGGCAUGUACAACAAGAAUUCCAAAGAACACGAGUCACGCAGAGACGAGUCUUUUGACUCGGUUAAUCCUGCUUACGAGGAGAAGCAGCUCAACAAUGAAGUUACAUCCGAUACAUUUGAUGAGAAGCAGGACAACGGGAGCAUCUCCGCUGCGAGACCCACUCUCUCCGACAAAGGAGUUGCAACCAUCAUAUUCUCACUGAAAAAUGAAGUUGGCGGGCUCGUCAGGGCGCUGCGCCUUUUCCAGGAAAAACACAUCAACCUCGUUCACAUCGAGUCCCGCAAGUCCAAGCGGAGGAAUUCUGACUUUGAGAUCUUCGUGAGUUGUGACACUGACCACGAACAGCUCAAGGAGCUUACUCAGCUGCUAAGGACGCACACGGAUGUAGUUGAGAUGACUCCAUUUGAGAACUCCACUCUACCUGAUGACGAUAUGGCUGGUGUGCCGUGGUUCCCUAAGAAGAUCUCUGAUUUGGAUCAGUCUUCCAACAGGGUUCUGAUGUAUGGCUCAGAGUUAGACGCAGACCAUCCGGGAUUUAAAGACAAGAUGUAUCGUACAAGGAGAAAGUAUUUUGCUGAUUUGGCUAUGGGGCACAAACUAGGGGAUCCCAUUCUUCGUAUAGACUUCACAACAGAGGAGGUGCGUACCUGGGGAGUUGUGUUCAGGGAGCUCCACAAGCUGUACCCCAGCCACGCCUGCAAGGAGUACUUGAAAAACCUCCCCCUGCUGGCCAAAUACUGCAACUACAGUGAAGACAACAUCCCCCAGCUGGAGGACAUCUCGCACUUCCUCAAGGAGCGCUCAGGCUUCAUCAUUCGGCCCGUAGCGGGGUACCUCUCCCCCCGGGACUUCUUAGCAGGCCUGGCCUUCAGAGUGUUCCACUGCACUCAGUAUGUCCGGCACAGCUCCGACCCUUUGUACACGCCGGAACCUGACACAUGCCAUGAGCUGCUGGGUCACGUUCCUCUGCUCGCCGAGCCCAGCUUCGCCCAGUUCUCUCAAGAAAUUGGUUUAGCAUCGCUGGGAGCUUCAGAUGACGCGAUACAGAAACUGGCCACGUGUUAUUUCUUCACAGUGGAGUUUGGCCUUUGUAAGCAGGAUGGCAGACUGACGGCCUAUGGAGCUGGACUCCUCUCCUCUAUCAGUGAACUCAAGCAUGCUUUGUCUGGCAAAGCCCAUAUCCUCCCCUUUGACCCUCCGGUGACCUGUAAUCAGGAGUGCAUUAUAACUACGUUCCAAGACGUUUACUUUGUUUCCGAGAGUUUUGAGGACGCCAAGAACAAAAUGAGGGAGUUUGCUAAGACCAUUUGGCGCCCGUUCACAGUACGCUAUGACCCCUACACCCAGAGUGUGGACAUCCUGAAAGACACCACCACCAUCAACAGCAUGGUGAAAGACAUCCGACAUGAGCUGGACAUUGUGGAAGACGCCCUGAACCGACUCAACAAACAGCUAUGAGUCUAAAUUUGUAUGAAUGUACACGUUAAAAAUACCUUUUUUAAGUAUAAAUAUAACACCAUAAUAACAACAACUUGUUACAAUGUGAAUGUCUCAUGCAUCUUGGAGUUUCUUGCUGGCUUCUUAAUUGUACCUUGUCUGUUAAAGGAAUGCAAUGAGUUGUUGUUGACGGCAAUGAUUGUAAUGUCUUGUGUUAACAGACUUCACGAAAUCAAUCCAAUAAAAAAAUAUAG